GACAGCUGAAACAGCACCAAUGAUCUCUGCUCUGCGAGGCUUGGAUGCUGGGACAGACUAUUCUCACACAAAUGCCCCAAAAGACUGACGAAUCCAACUUCGAGCCCUAGAAUGAUUGCUAGAAGAUUUUUUUUUUCUCCUCACUAUUUUGAAAAUGAGUGAUGCUGUCAAAGCUGAUGGCUGCUUUUUAAAAAGACUUUUAAACCAUGCAUGAACACGUUGAUAGAGAAAAAAUAACGUUUUAUACGGAUCAUUUUUGUGUAUACUUUUUUACAUUAAUGCCGAAAUUGAUUAUUUAUACGAGACAUGUUGCCAUGAUAUUGACGGACAAGAGGAAAUUGGUCUUUUUUGCUUGAGCAUCCAAGUCAGAGGAAACGCCACUUCUUUUGCCCCUUUCUUUUCUUUAAAAUCAACAUAUUGAGAGGAUUCAUGAGAAUCACGCAAGUGUCCUGUAAAACUUUAUCGAGACUUUUUCUUUCACUGGAGCAGCGAGGUGACCGUAUCUCAGCGAGCUGACGACGGCUGCCUCAAGAUGAGUGGUCAACGAGUCCUCACCUAUCUGCGGAUAUUUGGGACCACAAUGUUUGGUGUUUCACUCCUGGUGGGCAUCUCCACAGCAUACAUCAUGGGCUACCAGUUCUUCACCACUGCCCACAAUCAUCUGUCUUUUGGACUGUACGGGGCCAUCUUGGUUAUCCAUCUCCUUAUCCAGAGCAUCUUUGCACUCUUAGAACACCGAAAUAUGAAGCGGUCCUUAGAGACGCCAAUUAAACUGAAUAAAUCUUUAGCCCUAUGCAUUGCAGCAUAUCAAGAGGAUCCAAACUACCUGAGGAAAUGCCUGGUGUCAGUAAAGAGGCUGACGUACCCUGGAAUCAAAGUCAUCUUGGUGGUCGAUGGGAACUCAGAGGAUGACUUGUAUAUGAUGGAAAUUUUCAAAGAAAUCAUGGGAUGGGACAAAGUUGCCACGUAUGUGUGGAGGAGUAACUUUCACAGCAGGGGGCCAGAGGAGACAGAUGAGAGCUACGCUGACAGCCUUCAGCAAGUCUCUAGACUGGUCUUAAACAACAAGUGUGUGUGUGUCAUGCAGAAAUGGGGAGGCAAGAGAGAAGUCAUGUACACAGCCUUUAAAGCGCUUGGAAGGAGCGUUGACUAUGUACAGGUGUGUGACUCUGACACUAUGCUGGAUCCAGCAUCAUCAGUGGAGAUGGUAAAGGUUCUUGAAGAAGACCCUAUGGUGGGUGGUGUUGGAGGUGAUGUGCAGAUUCUAAACAAAUAUGAGUCGUGGAUCUCCUUCCUGAGUAGCGUCCGGUACUGGAUGGCUUUCAACAUUGAGCGGGCUUGCCAGUCUUACUUUGGCUGUGUACAAUGUAUCAGCGGACCAUUAGGAAUGUAUCGAAACUCACUCCUGCACGAGUUCCUUGAGGACUGGUACAAUCAGACCUUCAUGGGAUCCCACUGCAGUUUUGGGGAUGACCGCCACCUUACAAACAGAGUUCUGAGUCUUGGGUAUGCAACCAAGUACACUGCACGGUCCAAGUGCCUAACAGAGACACCGAUCACAUACUUGCGGUGGCUCAAUCAACAGACUAGGUGGAGUAAGUCCUAUUUCCGGGAAUGGCUCUACAAUUCCAUGUGGUUCCACAAACAUCAUCUUUGGAUGACCUAUGAGGCUGUGAUUACUGGGUUCUUCCCAUUUUUUCUCAUUGCCACCGCCAUCCAACUCUUCUACCAAGGAAGACUUUGGAAUAUUUUAUUGUUUCUUCUUAUUGUCCAGGCAGUGGCACUGAUCAAAUCGACAUUCGCCAGCUGCCUCAGAGGCAACAUUGUGAUGGUGUUUAUGUCCUUUUAUUCUGUACUGUACAUGUCCAGCCUGUUGCCAGCCAAAAUGUUUGCAAUAGCAACAAUCAACAAAUCUGGAUGGGGCACCUCUGGGAGGAAAACAAUCGUGGUGAACUUCAUUGGUCUCAUUCCGAUAUCAGUUUGGUUCACCAUCCUCUUCAUUGGGUUCAUAUACACUACAAUCCUGCAGACUAAAAAUACCUUUCCUGAAUCAGAAAUCCUCAUUCUGAUCAUUGGGGCGGUCGUCUAUGCCAGUUAUUGGGUGAUACUGCUGACUUUGUAUGCAGUGCUCAUAAACAAGUGUGGUAAAAGGAAGAAGGAAACACACUACGAUAUGGUGCUGGACGUUUGACUUUGCCUUCAGUAUGUACCACUCAAUGCCUUAGAGGACAUUCUGAUAAGAUGAGCAUCUCUGGAGUUUGUGUUGAGUUAAACUGCAAUGGGCUGAACCAAAAUUUUCAAACUUGAAUGACAACAAUACAAAAAUGACUGUCGCCAUGCAUUCGGUAGCACCACACCAUUCAUAAUUAUUGGACAACACUAUAAUUAAUCGUGCCUAUUUAUAUGUUCAUUUGAAUAACAACUUGUAUAGGUUUGCACAAGAUGACCCAGUAUGACAAGAGGAAGCAUUUUCAGUAAGCGUGUAUGGCUUUGUAUGGAUAGCUACCUCUAACACGUGUCAUAUCUCAUCCAAAGAAACUGUCGAUACUGCUCAUUAAGGUUUUUCUUAACCAUUAGGAACUCCAGAGGAUAACUAUGCAAGACUUUGUUUACCUCAGGGGUGUCAAACUCCUUUUUUUCGCGGGCCGCAUUGUAGUCAUAGCUUCUUUCGGAGGGCCAUUAUGAAUGUAUGAGCACCUCAUAUUAUACGUAUACA